CCUGAUACAGGUUCAUUCGCCUAAAAGGAAGUCCCAACCACUUAUGCCAAUUUGUAAACCUUUACUUGAUAAGGAAAUAAAUAUUUUUUUAUUUUCAUUUUUCAUAUUGUGCCUCUAACCUAAACCUAAACAUACAAUUAUCACGGCAUUCACGGCAAAGCUCAUCCAAUGCUCUCUCCGCUUUCCCGCCUCGCGCCUGCGCAGAACAUAACGGCGCGCCGACCGACGCGGACGCACGCGAGUGCUUGUGUUCGAAAUUCGAAAAUCGAAAACUGUGCUGUGUUGUGAUUCUGUUUGUGAACUGUGACUUUUAUGUGCGGUGUGUGCAACAAGUGUGGAAAUUGGAAUUGAAAUAUAACUACGCAGUGUCAGGACUGUCGACGCACGCGCAUGGGAGCAACAGCGAGAUGCUGAUAAAAUAGCGCGAUGGGGCAAGCGGGCAGCCAGCAGCACGCGCCGCUGCGCGCGCAUCGUGCGCACACGCUGCCCCACGAACCGCUCCGACACGCGCCGAAGGUGCUCCCAUCCUUAACAGAGUCGCCUCGGCUGCGCAGUACAGACAAUGGCGCCAUUUUGCACUCCGGGGGCACGAUCAGCGGACGAAGACCAACUUCAGUAGUUCCCGAGACCACUAGGACUUCACAUGGGCAUGUGCACACCAACGCCUACCGGUCCCGGUCGGCAGGGGCCACGAGCGACAGCGAACUGCGGGCCCGCGAGAGAGAUCCGCUGCACCGCUCUUACACAAAUCUCGACCUUAGGCAUAACGAGAAUGGCGGUUUGAACAAGAGAUUCGGUUCCGAGCCUGAUCUACGAGAGGAUGAGCCGAAAAAAUGCAAGAGACAUUUCAGGAAGAAGUACAGAGCACCGCCACCACCUACCAAUGAUAACCGUGAGGGUUCAUCGCCAGAUUCCAGCGAAGGGAAUGCGAGACCGGAACCCCAAAGGAAGCUCCGACUCUUCAGGACCAGGCAUGAGACCAAGAAGCUCAGCCAUGAGCCUGAAGUCGCCAGGAACUCCUACACGGCCUACAAGUCCUUGGACGACCAGUCCUUCGAGCGACGGUACAAGUCACCCUACAAAGACAAAGAACAACACUUCAAAUAUCCUGAUACUCAAGACAUGAUUCAGAGUACAGCGUCGUUGAAAAGAGAAGAACAUUUAUUACAAAAGCAAGAUUACAGAAAGAGAACAGACAGGGUCAGCGGAUGUAGAGCGAAAACAUCCAAGACAAACGAUAGCGAGGCAUGGAAAACACCAUUGCUAAACAGAAACUUUAGACAUUCAGAACGAUUUAAAAAGGUUGAUACAGAGCAACCCGUAUUAAGGAGAGAAAAGACUUUUGACACGCUAAUCUCGAGUGAACGAGACAGCGCAUCUCCAAGAACUACGCACGAAAGCAGGAUGAAAGCUAUAGGAGAACAGCUGAAGGCAUCCAGACUCCAACCGAGUGAGCCUUUGAGAAAAUCUCUUCCUUCACUAUUACCUAAAAAUAGUGAAGAAAAAGAUGAAUUUCAAGCGGAACUGAAGAAGGCGACAAGUAGAAUAAGAAACGAAUUAGGGGCUAAAAUUAAUGUAAGUGAAAAUAAAACUAGUCAGAACAAAACGACGCAGAAACCAAACCCAACGAAAACACCGAGCAAAGUCAAAGAGUCUAGUCUUAAAACGAAUGUUAGCAAACCAGAAACUAAAGCAGUUGUUAGUAGACGACCGCUAACCAGAGUUACUGAAAGUAAAAUCAAGUCAACUGUAAUUCAGAGUAAAGUUAAUGGUAAAACAAAUGUAAUAACAAAUGGAGAUAAAAUGAGUAAAGAUAAAGGUAGAGCGAUACCUGAUAGAGGGCAGGCGUCAGGAAAAGAGUCAACUCCUGAACACUCGCCUACGAGAAAGAUCUCUCCGAUUAGAAAGAUUUCUCCUGCGAGAAAUAAGACGUCGAAUCAUGUUAUUUCCAAGGAGAAGCAUACACCAGCUCCCUCAAAACAAUUCUACUUCGGCAUGAUCGAAAGCAAACAGUUCGAGGUCCAAGACCACCUGAAGGACUUCCCUGGACUCGGCAGCCCUAUCAUCGAGGAGAUCAGCAACUUCCACGCCAUCGAACAGAAGCUGCUGGGCUACCAUGCCGAGGAUGCGGAGUUUGAGGAGUUCAAUGCCAAGCUGAAGGAGGACUGUAAGGUUAAGAACUUGUCUUCUGAAUCCGCGCUUUCCUCAGACGCGUCAGACUCGGACGGCUCUCUCGGCAUAGCGCUGCGCCUGCGUCCAACGUUGCCUAAAAAACAGCGCGCCGUGCCGCGAUUCUCGCCCGCAGCAGCAUGGAGGCAGCUAGCGACGUUGGAUGCCCAUCUCGCUUCGGAAACCCAACCACUAGCCGUGGAAACCAAAGUGUCAGCCGACAUUUCAGCCGAGUCCUCACCGCGAUCAGACCAGUCGGCCGACAAGUCGGGUGAUUCCGGCAUAUCAGGAGACCACGCGCAUAGUGAUCAACGGAUCGAGUCGCCUUCAAGACAUGUCCCAGACACAACACCGGCCUGGACCCCGCAACAGGACCUCGGCGACAGCAGCUCGGACGGCGUCAGCGGGACGGCCGCGCCGCGCGGCUCGGGGCUCGCCACCUACAGCCCGGGCGCGCAGCCCUUCAGCCUCAGCCUGCCGCGCGACGACAAGGGCAAGCAGCUGCAACAAGGUUUCAACAGCCUCCAAAAACUCCGGAAAUCCGUGUCAGGGGCUUUGGGAGCUGCGUUGGGGUCUAGAAGGUUCGAUUUGGAACACGAGCCAAUGCUGCAAGAGCCUGAACAGAACUGGUUUCUGACGAAGUCAGCACCGAAUUCGUUGAGCAAUCCGCUGCUGUAUCAGCCACCUGCGAGAGCGAAGGUUGCUGAAGAUGAUAUUAAGGAGGAGAAUUCUACGCCACCGUCGGAAAAGGAGGAAUCCAUACCGUGGCGGCCUGGCAUAAACUACCUCUCCUGGGGCGGACACGUCAUGUACCUACCCCCCGCUCCCUCUGCACCGUCGCAGCCUCUGUCCAUGCUUGGUCCUAUUGACAGGCCUGUCAGGAGUAAAUCCAGCGGAUCACUCGAAGUUGCAGCGCGAGCGGCGCGCGCAGCGGCGUUAGCGAACGAGAUGCGCGAACGCGAGCGUUCCGCGUCACCAGAAAUCGCACGUGCGUUACCGGCGCGAGUGCAGCCACAGCCUGAGCGAAACGCCCGCAGUCGCAACAAGCGCUUCACCUUCCAAUCAACAGUUCGGCAGCUGGAAAGGCGACGAUUGGCGGAGAAACUGUCCAAGGAGGCAGACCUGAAGGAGCAACAGAGACGCACCGAGCUGGAGGCCAUGAGGAGAGUGGAGGAGGAGUUCCAGAGGAAGCGUGCGAGGGAGAAAGCGAACAUCAGGCAGCAGCUGCGGUUGGUCAGCAGCGGUGCUGCCAGCAUGCCACUCUCCACACACCAUGGAAAGGCGCGUGAUGAGCCCGACGGCUCCUGCCGAGCAUCGCCAGCGCCGGAGCGACCCCGGGAUCGUCAGCGACACAGCAACGCGUCAUCAGAAAUCAGUGCCAGAAGCAAAAGCACGACACCAGUCCGCUGCGUGGAGCUAUCCGAAUGGCGUACAGACAGUGCAGCACGCGUUUACCGCGACUGGGGGGGCUCCGGCGUCGGGCUGCCCGCGCACGCGCACCCGCCCGCCUGCGCGCGCAUGCCCAUCGCCAGACAAGCACAAGAAGUAGAAGCGUUCAGCGGCUCCCCACGCUCCGACAACUACCGGCUGGAGUUCGCGCGCGGCCGCUCCCCGCGCUCCCCGCGCACCCCGCGCACCCCGCGCCCGCCGCGCCUGCUCUCCACGCGCUCGCCGUCCAGCUCCGGCUCGGAACUGUCGCUGCGACAGCCUAUCAAGAUCAGGUGGUGACGCGCCCGGCAUGUAGCAAAUUAACCUAACUCGCCAGUGACAAUAAAGAAGAAGAGGAACCAGCAAUAGUGCCCACACUACGGCCGGGUCCCGCACGCGCUACGUUCGCAAUCCGCUGAAAUACUUGCUAAAACGGGUUCAGUUGGCUACGCAAUCCGUAAUGACACUAAAAGAACCAGCAAUAGUGCCAACACUACGGCCAGGUCCCGCGCGCACUACCUUCACAAUCCGCUGAAAUUUUUACUAAAACGGGUUCAGUUGGCUACGCAAUCCGUAAUGACACUAAAAGAACCAGCAAUAGUGCCAACACUACGGCCAGGUCCCGCGCGCACUACCUUCACAAUCCGUUGAAAUUGUUACUAAAACGGGUUCAGUUGGCUACGCAAUCCGUAGUGACACUAAAAGAACCAGCAAUAGUGCCAACACUACGGCCAGGUCCCGCGCGCACUACCUUCACAAUCCGCUGAAAUUCUUACUAAAACGGGUUCAGUUGGCUACGCAAUCCGUAAUGACACUAAAAGAACCAGCAAUAGUGCCAAUACUGCGAUCGGGCUCAGCGCGCGCUACCUUCGUAAUCCGUUAAAAUAGUUGCUGCAACGGGUUCAGUUGGCUACGAAUUCUAUAACACUAAAGGAGAACCAACAAUAGUGUCAACACUAACGCAGAAACACUUACAGAAACAGAAAUAAUAAAUUGGCUGAGCUGAAAAAUCCAGUGGGCUUAUAAUGGCCUGGGUUAUCCACGCGAUAAAGGGUCCAUUUAACACCGCGUAAUGAAAAAGACGGACACUGUUAUAAUCACGGUGACGCAUAGUUGUCCAUCAUAUCCGUAUGGUAAGUGGAUAUCAAUUCAGAUAAAUGACAUACCACACUGUUUUAAAGCAGAAAUAUUGACGAAGAAGAUAUUAAAUUGUUUUGUGUAGUGGAAAUCCAUCGAAUCUAAGAGUAAUUUGAAAAAGCAAAAUGACUGUGAAACGUAAACAUAGCCUCCCCUUUUAAAUACAUCAAUACAGUAAAUGACAGCAUUUAAGGUGUGUACCAUCACACACUUAACUGACCGUCGGUAGUUCUUAUAUCUUUACAGUAAGAUCUACAAUUCGUCAAUGGUAAAGUACAGUCCCCGUCAGAUAUAUCGUAGCGGCCGAGGUACUCAAAAAUAUCUGAACAUGCACUCUAGCGCCUUGAUAAUAGAGGCGUGUUCAGAUAUGUGUGAGCACUUUGGCCGCUCCGAUAUAUCUGAUGGCGACUGUAAACAGUGAUUUAGGUCAAACACACCCAGCUAUUUGAGCUACGAAUUUGGGUUUCGCAAACACCUUAAUGGCAUUACUUUCGGAAGAUUGAAUCUCAUUCUAACAUACAAUCGAAUUUAUACUUUAAUAUCAACAUAUAAAGUUGCUUUUGCAACUGCAAUGUACGGCGAUAUGGCUGAUGAAAAAAUAUGUCGUUUUGUUGAAAGAGUUUUUGUAAUUCUUAAAUUGUUAUUGAUUGUGGUUUUGCCUUGUGGCUAGUUGGAUUAAAAUAGACUAUUGUGGGUUUGAACGACCCUGACCUGUUUUCGGUCAUUUCGGGUAAAAAGAUCGGGCCGAUUCGAACUUUAAGAUACGUGAAAUAUCAGGUCUAGAUACGACAGGGAUCGGAUAUGUCAGCGUCAAAUCUUAAAGUUCGAAUCGGGCCGAAUUUAUGAAAAUUCAAAAGUAAAGCUGGAUAAUGAUUUUAUAAAGUAUUUAUGUGUUGUCUUUGAAAAUUUUUGAAUAUGUUUUAUAUGAAAAAUGUCGUCUUCCAUCGUAAGCGAAUAUUAAAGCUUUAAUACCUAAUAAAACUAUUAUAACUUAAUUCUAGACUAAUUUUUAAGAUCUGGUGCUAAUAUUUACAUUUAACUUCAUUAAUUUUAAGUUUGUUUAAAAUUAUUAUUAUUAUUUACCAUAAUGUGUAUUAACAUUAAUCUCAUUAAAAUCUGAUGUUGUCACUUGUCAUUGAAUACGACCCUGUAUUUUUUUAAUACACCUUAUAAAACAAAGUUCCCCGCCGCGUCUGUCUGUAUGUUCGCGAUAAACUCUAAAAUAACUGAACGGAUUUGCAUGCGGCUUUCACCUGUCAAUAGAGUAAUUCUUGAGGAAGGUUUAGGUGUAUAAUUUGUAAAGGUUUUGUGCAAAUUGGUAAGAAUAAUAAUAAAUAUUAUAGGACAUUAUUACACAAAUUGAGUAAGUCCCACAGUAAGCUCAAUAAGGUUUGUGUUGUGGGUACUUAGACAACGAUAUAUAUAAUAUAUAAAUAUUUAUAAAUACUUAAAUACAUAGAAAACACCCAUGACUCAGGAACAAAUAUCCAUGCUCAUCACACGAAUAAAUGCCCUGACCAGGAUUUGAACCCGGGACCAUCAGCUUCGUAGGCAGGGUAACUACCCACUAGGCCAAACCGGUCGUCGAAAUAAAUAAAGAAUAGAGAAUAUAGCUGUGUAAAGCCAGGGCGGGUUGCUAGUGAAUACGAUAAAACGACAGUAUAAUUUAGAAUCAAUGAAAUUUCAAACGAAAGCAACUUUAAAGCCUCAAAUGACAUUUAAAGUUAGGUGUUUCAUUAUGGCAAGGUGCUUAACAUUUUAGUAGUCGGCACUGUUCUCUAAUAUACAUAAUAUACCUAUAACAAAUUUCUCUAUUCCCAGCUUUAACCUUUAACGGUCGAUCAAUCAUACUACGGUGUAACCACCCUAGUGUUAACAUCUUACUUUUAAAAGCUCGUAUACCACCAUCAAAAGAAAAUAGACUUAAUCUUAUAACUAGUAACAGCUGAUAUUUAGCAACGACGGAUUUGAGAAAUAUGACUUAGAAAUAUGGAAGCUAAAAAACUUGGCGGUGAGACGUCAAAAUAGGGGCGUAAGUUUAAUUGGUAAUGAUAAUUGGUUGAUAUUUUAAUUUUCAUAAAAUAAUUAUGACCAUCGGGAGAAUGUGAGUGCAUAAUGAAAACGAUCACUCUCAAAUGGUUAUUUCUUUUUUUUAAUACCACUUCGGUGGCAAACAAGCAUACGGCCCGCCUGAUGGUAAGCAGUCACCGUAGCCUAUGGACGCCUGCAACUCCAGAGGUGUUACAUACGCGUUGCCGACCCUUUAAAAACCUGUACACUCCUUUUUUGAAGAACCCCAUACUGUAUACCCUCGGGAAAACCUUUCCAUGUAGUUAUUAAAUUGUUAUAUAAAUAAAAUAUAUAAAUAUAUUAUUAUUAUAUUGUAAGUUCUAGAUAUAUAUAGCGCUGUUGGUUUUCCGUAUACUAAAAUAAAAUAAAUAAUAAAUCAAAACACCUUCUUGGCUUACCGUGGGACUUAGUCAAUUUGUGUAAGAAUGUUUGUGUAAGACAACAAUUUAGAGCUCAAUUUCAAUCACUGUUAUUAUAUCUCAGGUACUAUGAUAAAAUGAUUCAAUUUACUACCCAAACAAAAACAAAUUAUUUUGAAGGUAAGUACUUGCUUGGGAUAUAAGUACCUAUUUUAACAAUUAUUUGUCCGAUGCCCUGAUAAAAAAAAUUAGUACGAUAAUAAACUACCUAAAUAUGUAAUAAAUAGCUCUAAUAACAUUAAUGAGAGUAGACCCGCCCGUCACAUGUUACAGUAAAAUAAGGCGUGUCCGAAUUGGGUUAACCCGAGCUACUAGAUCGAUGCUUGGUCAGGCAAGGAAAUGAAUAAGCAUAAAGUCCGUAUACGGUAAAUUUGUACAAACUUUAAUACGAUAAAGAUAAAAUUUUAUUCCAUUGAAAAAUAUCCAAUAAUUAAGGCAAUCAUAAAACGCUUAAAUAGUACUUAGUAAUAGAACAAAGUGAGGAAGAGUCUUAUACUUUCAUUGAAGUUGGACAUUAAUGAUAACAUUGGUAUAGUCUUUGAAGCUGGCCCUUACUGCUAACUCAUUGUCUAUUGUAAGUAAAACCGCACGUGCUACUACCUAUAGACAAAUAUUUUUUAAUAUUAUAUAAUUCAUUGGCAUUGGUCAUUGGCGUAUAAUUCUAAUUGGCGCCUGAGCGCGGGCUAGUCCGAACAAUUUUUUUGCAGGUAGUAGCACGUGCGGUUGUACUUACAAUAGACAAAAAGUUAGCAGUAAGGACCAGCUUGAAAACUAACGACUAUACACGUUGUCAUUGCAAAUGUCAUAUAGAGUUAGCUUAAUAAAACUACUACAAUCAAUUAUGUAGAAAAAAAUAGCUGAAUAACAAAUACGUUAGGUUUGUUAUCCACCAAAAAAAUGUCGAUGCCUUUUUAGCCUAGAUAUUUUCAAGACCUUAGCAGACACAUGAUUUUUUAUUAAUGUGUGUAUAUUUUGUUGGUAAAAAGUAUAUCAGUACAUAUAUAAUGACAAGUGACAAUAAUACAUUAUUUUUGACCUUCGUUUUGUGAUAUAACAACAAAGGAAUAUUACCUGACAAAAUGCUACAAUGGCUAACCUUAUGGAACUUUCACACAACAGCUACAUGUAACAUCGGUGUUAUAAAAUGUUAUGUGCACCAUUGUAGUUUUAAAUUCAGAUUUUUAUUUUUAUAAAGAUAAAAUGAAGCUAAAGUUUCUGGAACGAUAUUUAAUAUACCAGAGAAUGUAAUAUACAAUGAAUAAUUAUACAUUCCCUAUAUAUUACCCUUAUUUAAUAUAAUUCAUGUAAGAAAUAAAAUAAUACGGUGCAAUAUACAAAUACAGUAAUAAAUGUAAGUUAUAUCAUGAAAUAAAUAUAUAAUUCAAGGAAUCGCUCAAUUUACAUAAAAUACAUAUAUAAGAUUGUAUAUAAUAAGCGAAUACGAAUAUUUAGAAAUAACAUACAUUAUAUUGUUCAUUUCAGCUGCCCAAGAAUGCAAUUUUAUUCGAAAAACAUGUUUUUUUAAGAUAGCCAGUACAAUUAGUUUGACAAAAACUGGCAAAUUGUUUCUAUGAAACUGUCAUUGUCAUUUUUUGUGAAAUACCUGUAACUAUGGCAUAUUAAACUAUGAACAUUUGUGAAAAAAAAAUCGGUCGCAGUGUGUUAUUAGUCUUAUGAACAUCUAGUUACAUAUAUUAUUUACCCUUUAUAUAAAUACUAAUAUAUACUCACAUAACAUAAGUUUGUAUAUAAUUGAAUCAAUCGUAACGACGGUGCAUGCAUAUUGUAAAUAGUUAAGAAUGUACGUAGGUACCUACUUAAUGGAAGAAAUAAACAUUUAUAUUUAAA